UGAUAUAAAUGAUUGUGACAAUGAACGGAUGAUGAUCGCGGGGUCAAAGUCGACGCGCACAGCCAGGAGAAUCUGACUCCGUGAAACCACCGGAGGAGAGGAGCAGCGGCUCGGUGUGGUAUUAACAGCAGGAGGGGAUCCCGGUGCGUGUGUGUCUGUCUCUGUGUGCGUUUCAGUGAGCCUCUGUCAAGCCAAGCGAGGAGUGGAGAGAGGGCGACCAGGCGAGCACAUUAUAAGCCGAUCAAGGUGGAAACGCACACAGCAAGCGAGCUUCACGUCUGGGAUUUCUGCGCAGCUACAUGCUGUGACUGCAAGUGCAAGGAUGCUGCGUCUAUCGUGUUGCACUGCCCUGCUGUUUGUGUUGAGGCUGCUGGUGGGCUUGCCUUGGUACCAGGUUCUCCCGGCCAUCCUGAUCUUCUACCUGGGUAGCGGAGGAUGGAGCUUCUUACAGAUUUUUGCCAAAACAAUUGGCAGAGACUUACAUGCGGCGUAUGUAUUAUUGCGGGUAAAGAUGAAUGUCAGACGCCACCUCAAAGAGAAGAACACUAUUCCGAAGAUCUUCGCUGAAACAGUCCGCCGUCAUGGGGACAAAACAGCACUGAUCUUCGAAGGGACUGGUGAGAAGUGGACCUUCCAUGAGUUAGACGAAUACUCCAACAGAGUGGCUAACCUGCUGCUUCAGCGAGGUUUCAAGGAGGGUGAUGUGGUAGCCCUUUUCAUGGAGAACCGGUCCCAGUAUGUGGGCCUCUGGCUGGGCAUGGCCAAGAUUGGAGUAGAGGCUGCUCUCAUCAACUUCAAUUUGAGACUAGAGGCCUUGGUUCACUGUGUCACCAUCUCCAAUGCCAAGGCUGUGGUGUUCGGGUCAGAGCUGACUGAUGCGGUGUCCGAGGUCCACAGCUCAAUGGGAAAGGCAGUGCAGAUGUUUUGCUCUGGAGACUGGGACUCCAAACGUGUCCCACAGGGAACCGAGUGCCUAGAGCCCCUGCUGGCUGCCUCCCAGACUCACCUGCCAAGCCGGCCGCAAAGCUGCUUCACAGAUCGCCUGUUCUACAUCUACACAUCAGGAACCACUGGGAUGCCGAAAGCUGCUAUUGUUGUGCACAGCAGGUACUACCGCAUGGCAGCUUUGGUGUAUUAUGGCUUCAGGAUGACAUCAGAUGACGUGUUGUAUGAUUGCCUUCCACUCUACCACUCUGCAGGUAAUGUUGUGGGAGUGGGCCAGUGUUUAAUACACGGCAUGACUGUAGUCAUCAGAAAGAAGUUCUCUGCCUCGCGUUUCUGGGACGACUGUGUCAAAUACAACUGCACUAUUGUACAGUACAUAGGUGAGAUCUGCCGGUACUUGCUGAACCAGCCAAUUCGAGACACGGAGAGGCAGCAUCCGGUGCGCAUGGCACUGGGCAACGGCCUGCGUCAGUCCAUAUGGGAGGAGUUCAUGAACCGCUUCAAUAUCCCACAGAUCGCAGAGUUCUACGGAGCCACAGAGUGCAACUGCAGCCUGGGCAACUUCGAUAACAAGGUUGGAGCGUGUGGCUUCAACAGUCAGAUUCUACCCUACAUCUACCCCAUCAGACUGGUGAGGGUGGAUGAAGAGACCAUGGAGCUCAUUAGAGGACCUGAUGGCGUCUGCAUUCCCUGCAAACCUGGCGAGCCUGGCCAGCUAGUCGGCAGGAUCAUUCAGAAUGACCCCCUUCGGAGGUUUGACGGCUAUGUCAACCAAACAGCGACCAGCAAGAAGAUUGCUCAAAGUGUCUUUAAGAAGGGAGACACUGCCUAUCUCUCUGGUGACGUGCUGGUCAUGGAUGAAUGUGGUCACAUGUUUUUCAAGGACCGAACAGGAGACACUUUCCGCUGGAAAGGAGAGAAUGUCUCAACCACUGAGGUGGAGGGGACUCUCAGCAGGCUGCUAGACAUGAAAGAUGUAGUUGUAUACGGAGUAGAAGUACCAGGAGCGGAGGGAAAAGCUGGAAUGGCAGCUAUCGCUGAUCCAUCUCACUCCACUGACCUGGAGAAGUUUGUGAAGGACAUGGACAAGGCUCUCCCUCCGUAUGCCAGACCUGUCUUCCUCCGUUUCCUGCCAGAGGUUAAUAAGACAGGAACCUUCAAGUUUCAGAAGACGGACUUGCGUCGGGACGGCUUUGACCCAACUGUGGUGUCAGAUAGACUGUACUUCCUGGAUUCCAGCAGAGCACGCUACGUGCAGGUGGACGAGGAGAAUUACCGCUCCAUACUGUCAGGGAAGCACAAAUUGUGAUGACCAGGCUGACCACUACAUCCACACAUGUACACGUAGACACACACACACACACAGAUACAGAAAAGAAGACAAUAUUGUGCGACAAGGAUAGCAGACAGCAGGACCCUUUCCCCAUACACACAAAUAAAAAGUAAUAGCCAUACACACUCCGACUCAAAUGCCAACACAUUUACACACACACACAGACACACACGCACACACACGCACUCAUUGUACUCCCAAAACCACUUUGCUCUUUGAUCCCUAAAACCAGACUUAUGCACGCCACAAACAGACACACACACAGCACCACUCCAUCCAUCCCUCCCGAAAUCUCCCCAGCAACUCCUCUCGCUACCUCAGCAAACACAGAGAGAGGCACAAACCCAGUUACCAGAUCUAUUCAGUAACUUAAAACCACCCGUCAAGGCCGCAUAUACCCCCAGUGCACACACCUGUCCAUACUGGUAUAUCAAACCAGAUAUUUUGCUGGCAGGGGGGGGGGGGCAUACCACCAAUGGGAGGGAUGAGGAAUGCAGGCUGCCUGGCAUC